AUGGAAGUACUUACGGACUCCGAUGGUUGGAUCCUCAUCGAUCGUUGUGGCAAACAUUUUGGUACAAUAUUGAAUUAUCUUCGAGAUGGAUCUGUCGCAUUGCCUGAGAGUUUCCGUGAGACUAUGGAACUUCUAGCUGAGGCUAAGUAUUUUCUAAUUGAGGAACUCACUGAAGCAUGUCAUCAAGCAUUAAAUAAAAAGGAGAGAGAUGCAGAACCGAUUUGUAGAGUACCUUUGAUCACCUCACAAAGAGAAGAGCAGUUGCUGAUAAUGUCAACAUCUAAGCCUGUAGUAAAACUGUUGAUUAACAGACACAACAACAAAUAUUCAUAUACAAGCACUUCAGAUGACAAUCUGCUCAAAAAUAUUGAACUGUUUGAUAAGCUUUCUCUCCGCUUCAGUGGGAGGGUUCUCUUCAUUAAAGAUGUAAUUGGAUCAAAUGAGAUUUGCUGCUGGUCAUUCUUUGGUCAUGGAAAAAAAUGUGCUGAAGUUUGUUGCACAUCUAUUGUGUAUGCCACUGACAAGAAGCAUACCAAAGUUGAAUUUCCUGAGGCUAGAAUUUAUGAAGAAACUUUGGGUAUACUCCUAUAUGAAAGCAGGAAUGGGCCUGAUCAAGAUUUGAUUCAAGCUACUUCAUCUCGUGGAGCUGUUGGGGGGCUCUCCUGCACAAGUGAUGAGGAAGAGGAGCGCUCAGGCUUAGCACGAUUGAGGUCAAAUAAGCAAAAUAAUCAAUCU